GUCACGAACAGGACAGCACCACAGAUGACAACAUGGCCCUCCUUCACUUCCACCUCAAAUAUGAAGCAGAUGUCCUCUUUACCAGGAGCAGCAGCCUGAGCCACUAUGAGGUCAAGGCCAACAGCUCCCUGGAGAGAUAUGAUGGCAUUGGGCCUUCCUUCAACUGUGUUUUCAAGGUGCAGAACCUGGGCUUUUUCCCCAUCCAUGGGGUGAUGAUGAAGAUCACUGUGCCCAUCGCCACCAGGGGUGGCAACCGCCUGCUGAUGCUGAGGGAAUUCUUCACUGACCAGGUCAACACGUCCUGUAACGUCUGGGGGAACAGCACAGAGUACCGGAGUGUCCCCACGGAGGAAGACCUGAGCCGUGCCCCACAGAGGAACCACAGCAAUUCCGACGUGGUCUCCAUCAUCUGCAACGUGAGGCUGGCCCCCAACCAGGAAAUCAGCUUCUACCUGGUGGGGAACCUGUGGCUGAGGUCUCUGAAAGCACUCAAGUACAGAUCUAUGAAGAUCACAGUCAAUGCAGCCUUGCAGAGGCAGUUUCACAGCCCCUUCAUCUUCCGAGAGGAGGACCCCAGCCGCCAGGUCACGUUUGAGAUUUCCAAGCAAGAAGACUGGCAGGUCCCCAUCUGGAUCAUCGUGGGCAGUACCCUGGGAGGCCUCUUGCUGCUGGCCCUGCUAGUCCUGGCACUGUGGAAGCUCGGAUUCUUUAAAAGUGCCAAGCGCAAGAGGGAGCCUGGACUGGGACCUGUCCCCAAAGAGCUGGAGUGAGCAUCUAUUGGAGGCCUCAAGUUGAUCAGGGCCAGGCACCAGUCCAGGGGCGUGCAGGCCCAGGCCUGUGGCCCCACAGAGCCAGAGCGAAGAGGACGCCUGUAGACUUUGUGUUGAGCUCAUCUCUGGAGAGAUGACACCUGAUCCCUGUGGGAUGGACCUCAAGCCUGUGUCCUCAAGCAGCAACUUCUCUCCUAGAGGCUGAGAUGCCUCGGUACCGAUCCCUAAGGACUUAAAGGGACCACUCAAAGACCCAGGCUCUGUGGAGGGAAUCUGCUGCCCUAAACACGAAGGUGCUAGGGCUCUGUUAUCAUGCCCACCUCUGAAGAAACCCAAGGGGAAGCAGGCAACUACAAGCCCACUGUGCACGCACGCUACAUCAGGACUCCAUAGCCCGGCAGUAUGACCCCACCCCCACCCCUGCACUUGGUUCCCAAGCCACAGCCAUCCCUUCUCCAGACAGACCCCAAAAUUCUCCAGAGAGAACCAGAGUUGUGUAGCUUGAUGUGACGAUUGCUGGCCAGUGGUGAAAGCAGCCAUUCGAGGACUGUGCUAGAUGGGCAGGUGAGAGCCAGGAUGCUGAGUACCUUUCAAACAUGAGAAGGCAGCGGAGCUCUCUAGCAGUGACCUCCACCCACACACUCCUGCCCGCCUGGCUCCUCUGAAGCUCCUCCCAGCUGCUUUGGUUGCUAGGCAACUCACAGGGAGCCUGUGGAUGAUUUAAAUCCAUGGCUCUCCAAACCCACUUGUCUUAGAACUGCAGCUUGUCCUGGCACAAGCCAUCAGCCCUACACACACACACACACACACACACACACACACACACACACAC